AUGCGCUGCACGACAUUCUCUGCAACGCUCCUUCUCCUGCUGACCUCCCUUCCAGUCACCCUUGUCACCAAGUUCGAGACAAUGUCCGUGCUGUCAGGAGCUCGAGCGGAUGGUGCAAGGGCUCAGUCUGGUGGGAGGAGGGAUUGGUGCACAGUCUGCGCGAUGAGAAGACAGGAACAAGGAGGAGAGCUAGGAGAAGGCGGGGGGGAGGGAGGAGAGGAGGAGGAGGAGGAGGAGGAUAUGCCAAUGAUGAAUAUGCUGGAUGAGAUGGAGAAGCAGGCGCGGCAUCAUCGCAAGAAGGAGGAGCAGGAGGAGAUUCCGGAAACGAUGGAUGAGAUGGGUCUGGAGGACAUCUCUAUCUCCGAGGAGAACCCUGAGUUCAGAAGAUUGACGGACAUCAUGGACUUUGGUUCGAGGUAUCAAAACCUCAAGACUAAGGGCUGGACGGUGCUGGAGAGCAACCGGCUGUACUGGGGGCUCCGGAGCUUCGGUUCUGACUUUCAGUUCCUGCAGCGGAACCUGUUUCCCAACAGGACGGUGCAGGAGCUGAAAAGGAAGUACCACAGUGAUGCCAGGAGGCGGCCAUGGCUGAUCGACCACGCCAUGGAGAACAGGGUCGACUUCACCCCGCAGGACUUCGCUCGUUUCCCAGACCAGCCCAACAUGGAGGAGGGAGAGGAGGGGCAGGGAGCAAGGCAGGAGUUGGCGGGUUGGGAGAGGAUGGGGCAGCUACUGGGGUUUAACGUGGAGGAUGGUAUGCUGACGCUAACGGGGGACUUGAACGAUCCGAACCAUCCUCUCAACGCUGCUCCUCCUAUCCCCUGGGAUUACGCGAAGGAGAAGAUGAUAGGGGAGAAGCACCGGAUCUUGGCGGGUUAUGGGAAAGAAAAGCUGGAGAGUCGAAACUACUGGAAGAAUCUCUCGAGCAGUCAAGCACAGGGGGAAGUGCAGCACCCUCGCGGAAUGGCGCUUGUCACUUCACUUCCCCCAGGCUUCAGUGGGUCUUGA